AUGUAUAGUGGUGAUCAAUUUAGUCACCUCGUUGAAAAAAUAAGUCAUCCGCUCGAAGAAAUUAGGUGUCGUAGUUUGGCCAAUAUACAUUCGAAAUUGAACCGAGGUUUACUACCUUCAGACAAAGAAUGCCUGUCAAAACUAGUGACAGCUUUGUUGCUUUCUUUAGAACAGAAUCCAUCCUUCGAAACUAACUGCAUACUUGUCAUUCUUAAGAAUCUGCUUUCGAAUCCUGAUACGAAGGCACUUAUAGUGUUGUCUGGUGGGCUAUCUCUGUUCGCAAAAAUGCGUAGUUCUCCAAUAAAUGGUGAAAUAAGAAGGCAUAUAGACGAGAUUUGUGUUUUGUUCGGUGAAGAUCCUUCGGUUGUCAACACGCAAGAGAGAUUGCAGGGCAAUACUGGCCGAGGAAUCCAAGCGUCUAGUUAUUUCAACUCUUAUGGUUCAACCUCUUUGACACUAACUUCGUCUGAUUCUUCACAAGCCCGCAAAGUUUCGUUCAAUCUGUCUGCAGCACAAGGAAAUAACAAUUCUGACGCUGGUCCCUCUUCCCUUUCUGAUUCCUCCAGUUUGAUCUAUCAAAAUUACUUGUUAUAUUUUCCCACAAUCGCGCUUACGAAAACCGAUAUUGGUGUCCUACGAACAACUUUGAGAUCGGUUUGUUCAAAAGAACCUAACAUAUCUCUCUCUGGUAUCAACUUUCUCCGUGACGUUGUGCUCAAGGAUUUCCCAGCUGAAGUAUUUCUUCAAAGGACUGAGUUUAUUGGGACUCUUUUCCGGAUUUUGAAUGGAAAAGAUUUGGAGCUUAAUUACGCUACCACUAGCUGUUUGAUCAACUUUUGUCGUGGUCUCAUCAGGAGAGUCUAUUAUCACCUAGAUCCUAAUAAUUACAAGUUGUCAAAUGCUCACACUUCCCGACCUGGUGACUCGAUAACAUUUGGUCCUUCAGAAACGGUCCUUUUCAGUGAAACUGAUCAAACGGGUGUAUCGUUUGCUGACUCAACACAACACAACAUCUAUACUUCUACCUCAGCAAGGAUAAAAGUUUUAGAUUCUGAUGAAGAUGUAAAAAGACAGUCAUACUCAACUCUGGAAUUCUGUUCUCAGUUAUUCAGUGCAAUAGCUAGUGGUCUGUUGACACAACUUGACUAUCAUAAUCAGCAUGCCCUACAGAAUGUUUAUUCUUCAUCACAAAGCAAUACAAGCCGUAAUGGUAGCUGGAAAUACAAAAUGGAGUCCAACUUUCUACUUCUUUUGGAUAUCGGGAUCAACUUAUUACUGACUUGUUUAUCACCUCACCACCGUACUACUCAAAUGGCAGAAGUUUUCAUGACAUCCGAACCAAUGACCCAAUGUCAUUUAUUAAUUUUGUAUUCCUUGUUACACCUCCCACAUGUGAUCUCAUUAAACCCUCCGAUCUGCCAUCUACCUUCUUCACAUCCUUGGAACUAUUAG